AUGUUGACCGUCCGCUCCCCCGUCGCCGCCCUCGCGGUGGUCCUCAGCUUGCUGAGCGUCGUUCACGGCGCGCCCCAGCCCCAGAACAGGAAAGGAAACGGAAACCGUGGCGGAAACGGAAACGGCCGCGCCAACAGGCAGACGGCGCAGCAGCAGGCCGCCGCGGUGCCCCAGGGCAUCUCGCAAGCGACUGACGGAUCCAUGAUUCUGGACAUGACCGCCAACGUCAACGGCCUCGACCUCCGCUUCAAGAUCAGCGGCCCGGCCGAACAAUUCACCGCCGCCUCCGGCGUCCCCGGCGCCGCAGCCCAACCCGGCGCCCAAGGCACCCUCGGCCUCAACGUCCUCCUCCACGGCGACGGCGGCCAAUCCUUCUUCGACAUGCCCAACCAGGGCGUCCAGCAGAACCUCGCCGGCGUCGCCGUCCUCGCCCCGGACCCGAACCUCUUCUGGGGCGGCGGCCAGGGUCUCCAGCGCACCGACGGCGUAGCCCACUCCCAGGCCGUCAACGACCUCGUCCAGAAGACGCUGCCGCAGAUGAUGGCCUUCAACCAGUCCAACGUCUUCUUCACGGGCGUCUCGGGCGGGUCCCUGAUGCUCUCGGGCUUCUUCAUGCCCGCGCACAUGCAGAACUUCGCCGGCAACGGCGUGCUGCUCAACUGCGGCGGUCUGCCACCGCAAGUCGACGUCGUCGACGCGAAAGCCGUCGCGGGCACGAGGAUCCACUUCCAGAGCACGCUGCAGGAGCUCUCCAACUUGCAGGAGGCGAUCCCGGCGUCCGUGAAGGCGUACGAGAAGAUCGCGACGGACGCGGGAUUGAGUACCGCCCAGGUCAACGCCAAGCAGACGGUCAACAACUCGCCCAACGGCGGGCACUGCGCUUUCGACGAGCAGGGGUUCGUGUCGGGUAUCCAGCUGAUUGCGAAUAACUAUGCGGCUAUCAUGCAGGGCGGCAACGGCGAGGUGCAGGGGAUCGGCAACGUCUUGACCGGUGUUACGGGCAAUGAGAACUUGCAGUUCACUGGGUCGAGCAGGAUGAGGCGAAACAUGAUCGGUUGA